AGAAGCAAAACGCAGAAAAAAUUCGAAUACUAAUUGCGGAUUUACAUUUGUCUUAAGGGAGUAUUUUGUAGAUUUAAUUAAGCUUUACACAGCGGACUAACACACACAAAAAGAAGAAAAGCAAAAGUGUCAAAAUGCUCACGACCACAAAAUAACUUUAAAUAGGAAUCGAUAAAAAGGGGAUUUUAUUUUUUGUUUGCAAUGAAACUGCUGCUAAUGCCAAAACUCGUAAUGGCACGCUUAUGCAGUUAGAUACAAAUAACGAGAAUAAUAUUCAAGUGCAUCUAUGUGUAUUUGCAUAUUUUGCGUAAUGAAAUCAAGAUUAUUUUGGAUACUUGCAAUUAUAUAUUCAUCCCUACAUCAUAUCGGUUCUGGAUCAACCUCAACCACAUUAAAACGUCCACGAGCUGGGGAUCCAUUCGAUACAUUUCCAAAAAAUUUCUGGCAAGAGUUCUCAUCACCAUUCACAGAUACACCCGAAGAUGAGGAACUGGAGGUUACAGAGACCACAACACACGAACCAUUCCCAUUUUUUGCCGAUCCCUAUACAACAGUUAAUAUAAGCACUCAACUAUCAUCGAAUGUCUAUUUGCAUUGCCGUGUCAAUGAUCUCCAAGGCAAGACAGUGUCCUGGAUGCGUAGACGGGGUGAGGAUCUCACCUUGAUUACCUUUGGCCAGCAUACCUAUAGCGGUGAUUCGCGUUAUUCUUUGGAAUUUGAAGAGCCAAAUGAUUGGAAACUCCUAAUCCAAUUUGCCAAUGAACGAGAUGAGGGUCCAUAUGAGUGUCAGGUCUCCUCGCAUCCGCCAUUGGUGUUAUUGGUAUACUUAACUAUUAUUGUUCCUCAUGUGGAAAUUCUUGAUGAACGGGGAUCAGCCACACCGGAGAAAUAUUAUAAAGCGGGCAGCACCAUUGAGUUGCAGUGUGUGAUAUCAAAAAUUCCACAUCCCUCGUCCUAUAUCACCUGGCGACAUGGUGUACGGCUCCUUAACUAUGAUACCAGUCGUGGUGGCAUUAGUGUUAAAACAGAUAUGCUGCCGGGACGUGCCCUAAGUCGUCUCUAUAUAGCAAAUGCGAAUCGACAAGAUACCGGAAAUUAUACUUGUAUGCUGGGCAAUGAUAUAACUGAAACAGUUGUGGUCCAUGUGCUAAAUGGUGAGGAACCAGCCGCCAUGCAACAUGCGAGUGGUUCCACCUAUAGAGCCAACAUUCCCCUAACUAUGGUUGUGUUUUUCAUAGUCUACAUAUAUAAUAUGCUCUAUGCUAUGGUCAGGCCUCUCCAAUUCCAACGAUGACAACAUUCAUGUCUCCAAAAACAAAAACCAAUUUCA